GACACACAGAAGUCAGAUUACAUAGAGAUCGCAAGAUGGCCGAAACUACGAAGAAGGAGCCUGUGGACUUGUCGGGAGACGGCGGCGUGCUAAAGGAGACGUACGUCGAAGGAUCGGGCGAGGUUCCGCCCGCUGGCGACGAAAUUCGAGCCCACUACACCGGUACGCUGCUGGACGGCACCAAGUUCGACAGCUCGCGUGACCGCAACGCUGAGUUCAAGUUUGUGCUGGGCAAGGGCAACGUGAUCAAGGCCUGGGAUCUAGCCUUCGCCUCAAUGAAAGUUGGCGAGAAAGCUAUUCUAACCUGCAAACCCGAAUAUGCGUACGGCCCGAGCGGCAGCCCACCAAAGAUUCCUGCUAACGCAACACUGAAGUUCGAUGUGGAGUUGCUUGGCUUUAGCCCCAAGGUCAAGGAGAUGUGGGAGAUGGACGCUGAGGAGAAGAUCGCCGAGGCCACCAAGCUCAAGGCCAAGGGUACGGAGCAAUAUAAGGCGAAGCAGUUUGACGCUGCCGCUGCAACGUACACUCUGGCCGCUUCGUACAUGGAGGACAUGUAUGAUGUCGCCGACGAGGACAAGAAGUCGAUGAAGCAGCUGCAGACGACUUGCUUCUUGAACGCCGCGAUGGCAUACCUUAAGGUGGAGGACUACUCGGAGGCCGUAACUGUCGCCACGAAGGCGCUGAACAACGACCCCUCCAAUGUCAAGGCGCUGUACCGUCGUGGUGUGGGCCGCAUGCACACAAAUGACCUGGAGCGCGCGAAGGAAGACCUGUUGGCCGCUGGCAAACUGGAACCGGCUAACCGUGAGGUGCGUCGCGAGUUUGAAGUGUUGAAGAAGAAGAUGAAGGACGCGCGUCAGAAGGAGAUGUCUGUGUUCGGCGGUCUGUUCGGCAAGGUAUCCAUGUACGACGACAAGUCCGUGGUAGAGGCCGAGCCGGUGCCGGACCCGAACAACCCGAAGGUUUUCUUCGAUAUCAAGAUCGGCGAAGAGGACGCCGGUAAGGUUGUGAUGCAGCUGUACAAGGAUAUUACCCCGAAGACGGCCGAGAACUUCCGCGCGCUGUGUACGGGUGAGAAGGGCAACUGCACGACGGGCCAGCCGCUGCACUACAAGGGAAGCUCGUUCCACCGUGUGAUCAAAAGCUUCAUGAUCCAGGGUGGCGACUUCACGCGUGGUGAUGGAACGGGCGGUGAAAGCAUCUACGGUGAGAAAUUCCCGGACGAGAACUUCCGACUCAAGCACACGGAAUCUGGUCUGCUGUCCAUGGCCAACGCUGGUCCGGGCUCGAAUGGGUCGCAGUUCUUCAUUACGACUGUGCCCACGCCGCACCUGGACGGCAAGCACGUGGUGUUCGGCAAGGUUGUGGAGGGCUUCGAUGUGGUGAAGCGCAUCGAGGGCCUGGACACCGAUAAGGGCGACAAGCCCUCGCAGCCUGUGACCAUCGCUGACUGUGGCAUGUACGAGGCAUAAGCUUUGGUUAGUGUCAGUAGCAGCAGCAUUGACAGGGUUAAGAUACCGGUACUCUUCGUGAAUGUAGCCAUUUAAGUUCAUUUAUUUCCGAAAAAA